UUUUAUAAUCCACUCCAAUCUCCAUCAUACAGAUCGACUAUUUCCGUUUCUGUUAAGUUCCAUUGACAAAAUGUCCGGCUUUCCAUCCCUCCAACCCGCCUUCACCGUCCGCGUGAACAUCGACGCACCACUACCCGUGGGCGCCCAACAUGGUCGCGCACUUACUAUUGUGCCCAUCGUGUCCGGCACAGUGAAGAGCGAGCCUGGGUUUGAGCCGGCGCUUGAUGCUGAACUGCAUGGAACCGGGUAUGAUUAUAUUCGGAAUGAUGCGGAUGGGAGGAAUAUGCGGUUGGAUGUGCGGAGUCAGCUCAAGAACAAGGAUGGCACUCUCCUCGCCAUGUACUACCAAGGCCCUGUGGCUCUCACCGACGGGGUCAAGGGAGCUCUGAGCGGCUCAUCUGACGCUAAGACAACUCCAUACGGUGACUCCUUCGUUACCUUCUCGUUCGAGACAGGCAGUGAGAAGUACAAGGAGCUGGAGAACGGCAUCUAUGUCGCUGCGGGACACUUUAUAGUCAAUGAGCCGGGACAGAAGGGAGUUGUUGUGGAGUAUAAAGUGAGCAAGGUUGUUAAGGGGGCUUGAUUGGGAGACAAUGGUGGAGAAUUCUUUCAGUUCAUAACAAAACCUUCAGGGUGAAAUUGAAGAGCUAUGGGACUUCUACUCCAAAGUGUCGUUCUCGUGGAACACCAAAGUCCGAACCUCAAUGCUUUCCCUUCCUUCCUUGUCCUCGGUACCCGGAACAUGGAAGGCCGUGUGGGGGACUCUUCUCGCCCUGCCAUCAAGUUUGGAAUCGAAGCACUUUAUGAGCA